GCAACUCUAGGCCAAAGUACCACAACAAACCAAAAGGUUGCUUGUGAUUUUAGUUGCAAACACAUAAAAUAUGAUAGAAAUAACGUGUAACGAUCGUCUCGGCAAGAAGGUGCGCGUCAAGUGCAAUCCCGACGACACAAUCGGGGACCUCAAGAAACUCAUUGCGGCACAAACGGGCACCAAGCACGAGAAGAUUGUCCUGAAGAAGUGGUAUACCAUCUACAAGGACCCCAUCCGCCUAUCCGACUAUGAAAUCCACGAUGGCAUGAAUCUGGAACUUUACUACCAAUAAAACUGCGAGGCGAUGGGUCCUGUAUCGUGGUUGUCCGAUUUUUAUAGCUUCUUUGAUAAAUAAACAUUUGAAUAAAUACUGUA